GAUAUUUUGCAUUGUAUUUGCUGCCAAUUUCAUGCAUUGAUUCUAAGAAUCGCGACGACUGCAUAAACAACAUCGACACCGGCAUGCGAGACAUAAACAGAGCUCUGGGCACUGCAAUUGCAAUUCGGCUGGCACAGUUUCACGCGAUCGUUUGUCUCGUAAAGAGCGUUUGUUUCUAUCGUCACUUUUUCCACAUUUGUUGCGUUCCUUGUGUGUAUUGACAUCGUAUAUUUGUUAGAAAAAGCAAAGUUCACAACACAAAAUUCAAACGAAAAACUGCAUUGCCUUUGACUUAUUGUUUACAAUCAAAAAGUCGCAACAAGGAUGUUGCUGCACGAUUCAAGGAAAGUGGGCACCUAUGACACGGAGCCCGAAAGGAUACGCCUACAAAUACAACAUAUUUCACAAUGGUUGAAAGAAACCCCUAAUGUGAACGCCAAUACUGACUUUGGGAAUUUGCUGUUCUUUUUACGAAGUUGCAAAUAUGAUUUGGAACGAACAAAGAAAAAAAUAAAAAACUUCUAUCAAAUGCGUGCGGAGCGUGUAGAAUGGUUCGCCAACAGAGAUCCCUUUUUACCAGAAAUACAAGCACUUCUGAAGUUGGGUGUAUUUCUGCCAGUCGACGGUGUUGAUUCAAAAAAUCGUAAGGUGGUUAUAAUACGUGCUGCUGCACACGAUCCAAAACUUCAUUCCCAAAAUAACGUUUUCAAGGUCAGUAAAAUGGUAUUAGACUUACUACUAAAAUUUGAGCCAGAUAAUUGUGGACAAGGUAUUGUGGGUAUUUUUGAUAUGACGGGCGUUCAGUUGGGCCAUGCUCUGCAAUUGAAUCCGAGAAUGAUAAAACAUUCUGUUGAAAGUUGGCAAGCUUAUCCAUGCCAACCAAAGCUCUUGGAGUUUAUAAAUGCGCCGACGCACGUGAAUAUCUUUCUGAAUACUUUCAGAUUAUUUAUGACGCAGAAAAUGCGUUCUCGCGUUGUUGUACAAAAACGUUCAACUACAGUUGAGUGUGCUGAAUUACCGAGAGAUAUUGGAGGAAACGGACCUAGUUACAAGGAACUUGCUGCGAAAUGGAAACAACUAGUGGAGGAUAACAUUAACUUCUAUCAGGAGUAUGAAAAAUACAAAAGUAUAUUGCCAACUUGAACCAAUUUCGUAAACCGUCGAGAGGAGUAAUGGGAAAUACCACUCGUUCGCAUUCAUUCCUCUUAUAUCAAAUACUUUGUGUUUUAUUUAGUAUUUAGCAUUUAGCAAAAUUAUAUUGAUUAGGAUUAGUAGCACUUAAAAUGGCACUGUAAUAACUAUAUAAAACCUCUUAAAAUGCUAGUGUAUAUAUAUGCUUUCACACAAAAAGUAAGAUAUAAUUAAGUUUAGAUUAUUUAAUUUAUUGCAUACGCAUACAUAUGUAGGUAUAUGGGUAGUAUUUCAUACAUUUUAAUUCAUAUUUUUAAUUGGUAUAUAUUUUAUUUCUAAGCUGUAAGAUUACAUUGUUAAUAUAGAUAUUUUUAAAUAAAUGCUGUAUAUACUUGUAUGUGUAUAAAUUAAGUAUGAAAAUAUAUAUUUCUUAAUUUUUAUUAAUAUUAGAAUUAAAUUUACAUAUGUGUAUCCUUUUCAAAUACACAUCUGUGUAUAUAGUGUGAUAUACUAAAUUAAGUAUGAAAAUGAAUGUACCUUACAUACAAAGUCUUCUUGGUUCGGAACCUUUCGCACAGUAAUAUUCGGAAAUAAAAGUAUAUUUUCACGAAUCUGCUAGGGAGUUUUCGACAAAAUUUAAACUAAUCUACUUGAUUUACCAAAAUAUCCCACGCUCAUACUUUGGCUAGACGCUUUACCGAGUUUGUCUUACUAGUUUUCUCUUCAUAAAUGUUGGAAGAUUUUAAAUAACCAUAUCUACAUAUAUAUAAUAUAAGUGCAUUUAAAUGUACCUGUUUAUGUCAUUAGUUAAUUAUAUAUAUGUUUCCUGUCAA